ACGUGCCGUGGACCUCAAAGACGCCACAAGUCUCUAUCAGUCGCCGCCAGCCAUGUGUUGCACAGAUAAUGACGCUUGCACGUGUGUAUGUGUGUGUCUUGACGGUUUACUUUCUAUCAUUUGUUUACUGUCCGUCCCUUGCAGUGCAACAAUAAUCAAUUGCAAUAGGAUGUAUCCGUCUCAGGUUUUAGUUUUGGAGUCUUUGGUAUAAGGACAGCUUGAAUAUUUUUAAUAAGCAAACACCAAAUAGAUAAUUGUCUGUUGUUUACCAUUAAAUCAACACACUAAAAGUGUUGGUAUAUCUGAAAAGAAGAGUGUAAUAUGUUGCCUGUGCAGUUAAUUUUGUUUAUCAGUGUGACAAAGAAAGACCUGAGUGAUGAAGGCAGAUAAAGAAAGAGCUGUGUGACGAAAGGUGAAGCCGACAUGUAGACGUCACACGUGAAAGAUGAACUACGCCACCAGCAGACCGACACAACGAGAAGUCCAUACGCCGAGAAUGAGUGAAACUCCAAAAGGACUCGAGCCUCAGCUAUUGUCAUCACAGCCAGAACCCGAGAGGGGGCUUCACCACUCAGCUCUCUUUAAGCUGAAUCUCCCCACCCAAAGUCCUGCAGAGGUCCACCAGCAACAAACCGAGCUGGAGCUUCAGCAUCUACCACAGACCAACCUUGAGCAGCAGCAGACUGAUGAACGGACUAAAACAGUGUGGAUUAAAUAUCAGUGUCCAGUGUGUGUCUUCAUUUUGGGCUUCUGUUCGUGUGCUGCUAUGCUGGGAAUGACAUAUUACCUGCACCACUUCCUCCAAAACCAGAACCAAGCAGUUGUCGUCACGCCUUGUUCCUCCCCAGCCUGCCAGAAUGCAUCAGCCCAUCUCUCCACGUCUGCUGACCCCUUCACGCACCCCUGUGACUACUUCCUGUUCUCUUGUGGACCUGACCGGCUUUUGCCUGACAGUGGGGGGCGUCACCGAGGUCAGGACAACGUUCAGGGGUCCGGAAGAGGACUGACAAGAGAGGACCGAAAUGUAAAAGAGAGGAGGAUGCUGGACAGGAAAACUGAGCUGCUGCAGAAUAUCAGGCAGAUUUUAGAAUCCAAUGACGAUCUCACAAGCUCAGCUGUGCGAAAGGCCAAAAGUUUCUACCGCUCCUGUUUGGACACCAGGUCCUUGGACACAGCUGGGGCGGAGCCCUUUCUCACGCUCAUCCAGAAGCUUGGAGGUUGGCCUGUGUCUGGCCAGUGGAAUCAGACUGACUUUAACGCCACCCUCAGCGUGCUGAUGAGAGACUACGCCACCUUCCCUUUCUUCAACAUCUAUGUCGGCUCCAAAGACCCUAAUGACACUACUAGUAAGAAGACCAAACGAUACAUACAGAUUGAUCAGCCGGACUUGUUGAUUCCCAUCGAAUGGAACCGCAAGACGCAGAAGUCUCAAGCCAAAACAAAAACGCUGCGUCCUUUCUUAGCAUCAUGUCAGAGGUACCUGGCCCUGCUGGGGGCCCCAGACAACAGCAGGAUAAUCCAUGUGGGUAUGUUCAUCUCUCUGUCCUCUGAACUGGCCGUGGCCGCAGCACCUCUGAGCCAUCGCUUGGCCAAAGGGCUGCUCUAUCAGAGCAUGACCAUCAAGGAGCUACAGCACAAAGCUCCAGCUGUGGACUGGUUGGGUUGCUUGAAGGCUGCUUUCCACCCACAUCCCCUCAUGGAAGACGACCACGUCGUCCUGCACAACUUGCCUUACAUCGUGCAGAUGUCCCAUAUCAUUCGCAAAUGGCUGACAAAGCACGAGCUGAGCAAGAGUGGCCCCCUCCACACCUUCAUGGUGCUCAACUUGCUGCACACCCUGAUGCCUGCUCUGGACUCCAGAUUCUCUGACAUGGCCAACAACUUGUCAGGGACUCUGGGCCAUACGGACGUGUGGCAACCCAAUCUUCAUCUUGAAAAGAUGUUGAACAUGGAUGGUGGGGCUCUUCACCAGGCAGUCCCUCGCUGGAAACGCUGCGUGCUGGAAACCGAACGAGGGUUCAACGGGGUUCUCGCGCAUCUGUUUAAGGAGAACAUCGCAGGCGGAGGAGAGGCAGAAGAGAUGAUUGACAACAUCCUGUCCUCCUUCAAGUCCCAAGUACACCAGCUCAAGUGGACAGACAACAAGACUCUACAGUUUGUUAUGAAUAAGGUUAAGCCCGUAACUUCAACACUUGUGACAACAAAGGAAAUCUCCAGUGAGGCCGAGCUUGACCUGCUUUUUUCUCAGGUGUCUGUCAGCAUGCAGAGCUUCUUCUCCAACUACCUGCAGCUGCUGUCCUUGUGGCAGAAGAGACGCAGCAAGCUGUUGAGCGAGCAGAAUGAUGGCGCCGAUGUGUUGUCCGUCUCGCCAUCUCUUCUGGGACACGAGCUGAUCAUCCCCAUGGGGAUGUUUAUCCCGCCUCUCUUCCAUCCCACCUACCCAAGAGCUAUGAAUUACGGCGUGAUGGGCUUCCUUCUUGCCAAAGACGUCCUUCACCUGCUUCUACCUGACAUUCACUCCCAGAGUGAGUCGGUGCGUGCCGUGGGCGAGUGUGUGUGGUCUCACUACCUCACUGUGACAGACAAGCAAGGGGCGGGGCUUCCUCUGCCCGCAGCACAGCAGCAGGAAGUGUGGCUGCAGUAUUCUGCGCUGCAGAUAGCGCUGGAGGCUUAUAAGAGGAGCCUGAAGAAACAACCGGCAGACACGUCCGUCUCUGGAUACUCACUCACUCGGCUGUUUUUUUUGUCUUUUUCUCAGGUCGACUGCAAUGCUGACCCUUACCAUCAUUUGAUGCCUUUGGAGCCCUCCUUCCUGAUCUCAGCCAUUUGUGCCAAGUCCCGUCUUUGUCCUACCAACCUGGAGUGUCCCAAAGCAACUCAGCGGAGGCCGAGCACGUUGAGUAGCAAAAACGCUGUAACAUUGUGUACGUAGGAGGAUGUAUAAUAAUGUUGUGUAUUACUAACAAGAUGUGUAAGAUGACUAUUUUUCUAUGUCUGUAUAGAGUUUACUGGUGUUGUCUUCUAAGAUAAUAAACUAUCAAGGUCGAUUCCAUGAAAAA